GGCCGAUUAUCACAGGGGCCGUCCGAUUCCCUGUCGCACUUCGGACUUGAGCGGGGUCGACUAUUCCCAACCAUGUUACUCUUAGCGGGUCGUCGCAUACUCGUUUGCAAGCAUGCACUACGCGCUUAUGCGACCACAUCUACGCCUCGUGUCCUGAUCUUCCUCGAACAUAGGCAAGGUGCAAUUGAAUCCGGUUCUCUUUCAGCAUUGACCGCUGCAGGGCAGUUGGGUGGAACUGUUACAGGGCUCGUCGUCGGUGCUUCAAGUCAGAUACCUGGUGUUGUUGAUAAACUCCAGAAGUUCAAAGGCUUGUCCUCGUUGCUUCAUUCAACUUCCGACCUCUACGCCCAGCCGAUACCAGAGGCAGUUUCGCCCCUCCUGGAGAAAAUUCUCUCAGAAUCUCGAUAUACACACGUUGUUUCCGCCCCAACCUCUUUCGCAAAAUCCUUACUUCCUCGUGUAGCUGCUAAGCUCAAUGUCCCAACUGUUUCGGAGAUUACUUCUCUCGAACAUGACUCUUCAUCAAAUACCACAACCUUCACUCGCCCGAUCUAUGCUGGUAACGCCAUCUCUACCGUACGACUUCCUUCCUCUAUCCCUAUCAAAUUCUUUACCGUUCGCGGCACCUCCUUCGACCCUGCUCCUAGCGAGGACAGUAACGUCGUUGAGGCAACAGCCGUCGAUCCUGUAAACGUUUCCGACUUGCCCACUCGGCAUGUUGAAACCCGUAUCGCAAAGUCCGACCGUCCCGAUCUCAGCAUCGCCAGUCGCGUCGUUUCUGGUGGUCGGCCCUUGAAAAAUGCCGAAACAUUCGCGGCUACUUUGUACCCUCUGGCCGAUGUCUUGGGUGCUGCAGUGGGUGCGUCUAGGGCUGCGGUAGAUGCAGGCUACGCAGACAACUCAUUGCAAGUGGGCCAAACUGGUAAAGCCGUAGCACCAGAGCUGUACAUCGCCCUCGGUAUCUCUGGAGCCAUUCAACAUCUGGCUGGAAUGAAAGAUUCAAAGAUGAUCGUUGCUGUGAACAAAGACCCCGAUGCCCCCAUCUUCCAAGUUGCGGACGCCGGACUUGUUGGGGAUCUCUAUGAAGUCGUCCCGGAACUGAUUGAGAAAUUGAAGCAGUAAUCUUCUGAACUACCAUUAGCCGUAUAAUAUAGUUAUACUUGCGCUUCAUAUUGUAAAUCACUGAUGAGCAGUCAGCUCAAACCAGGACGACGCACGGACGACGCACAUGAU